ACAGGUAUCACGUUUUUGACAGCAAGAACUUGGGUGGCGGUUCUAAGGUCAGAGAGCUGCUGGAUAAGAUAGAGGGGAUGGUGAUUAGAAAUAACAGUCUUCAUUAUGAAAUAAACAGAGAGAUUUUAGGGAAUGUUGAUAGGAGGAUGAGAUCCGAAGAAAAACGAGCAAAACGGAGGAUGACAGAAGUGCAGAAUCAGAGGAAGAGCCAAAGGGCUCUUAUGGGUGCCCAACAUGACAUGACAGAAGUUAGGAUUGUUUUGCUUGGCAGUGGCUACACAAGGAAAAAUUCAGCAGGAAACAUUAUCCUGGGUACAAAGGAUUUUGAUUUAAGAAUGGCUACUCACUGUGUGAACAGGCAAAAAACAGUAGCUGGAAUGAAGGUUUUUCUGGUUGAACCUCCAGGCUGGUGGAUUAACUGCCCUGGACAAUUUAUUCCUAAACUGGAUAAAUCAAAAAUUGUGCUUAGUGUGUCUCUAUGUCCUCCUGGACCACAUGCUUUCCUCCUGGUCAUAGAUGUAGACGCUUCAUUUACAGAAAUGAACAGACGAGCAUUAGCGGGACAUUUGGAGCCUCUUGAUGAAAGAGUCUGGAAACACAUCAUUAUUCUGUUCAUUAAUGGAGACUCACUUGGAGACGAAACCAUUGAGCAGUACAUUGAGAGUGAAGGCAAAGCCCUCCAGUGGCUUAUUGAGAAAUGUGGGAAUAGGUAUCAUGUCUUUAAUACCAAGAAGCAGUCGGAGGAAACUCAGGUUACAGAACUACUAGAGAAGAUUGAGGAGAUGGUGGCAGCAAACGGUGGCCAUCAUUACAUACUGGUCAGUGAGACCUUGCAAGAGACAGAAGAAUAUGAGAAGAAGCAGAAAGAUGUGAAAGGGAAUCUGCCCAAAGAGAACCUCACAGUCAUUAAGGGUAUGGUAAGAGUAUUACAGGAAUUUGAAGAGGAGACACAGAAAGUCAGUGAAGGUACCCAGAAGACCAGCAAAAAACUGAAAAAGCAGAUGAAAAGGAGAUCACUACGAGGGAGUCAGCACUGUCUCACAGAACUAAGACUUGUUUUAUUGGGUUACAAAUGUGCUGGGAAGAGUUCAGCAGGAAACACCAUCUUGGGCAGAGGACAAAUUGAUUUGACAAGUACAGCUCAGUGUGUGAUGAGGCAUGGAGAAAUGGCAGGGAGGCAGGUCACUGUGGUAGAGGCACCAGGCUGGGUGUAUGGUCACCCUUUGAUGGAUACUCCCGAAAGGAUUAAGCAAGAGAUUGUCCGGAUUGUGUCUCUGUGUCCUCCAGGACCCCAUGCUAUGCUUCUGGUUCUGCCUUGCAUACGUGCGUUCACAGCACUGGAAAAGCAACAAAUACAGGAAAUUCUGGAGCUGUUUGGCAGCAAGGCCCAUUUACACACCAUAGUGCUGUUUACUUGUGUAGAUUUGCUAAGGGAAUUAACCACUGAGCAAUACAUUAAGAAUCAAGGGGAGGCUCUGAAGUGGCUUCUUAAGAAGUGUGGGAACAGACAUCAUGUUCUCAACAAUUCAAUCCAGAAUUCAACUCAGGUUAUAGAACUGCUGCAAAAGAUUGAGGGGAUGGUGGCAGGAAACAAGGGCUGCCAUUUGGAUAUGGACAGGAGAAGAUUACAGGAAGUGGAGGAGAGGAGGAGAGCACAGAGAGAAUCCUGGGAAAGGACCCUGAUGAAUGUGCAGAAACAGAGAGUAGAAAUGAAAUCACAGAGAGGCAGAUUGAAUUUUCUCUCACACACAGGAGACCUCCACCAUCUCUCAGAAGUGGGUAUUGUUCUGCUGGGUUACAUCCUUAGUGGGAAGAGUUCAACCGGAAACACCAUCUUGGGCAUUUCAGGGUUUACUUUAAAUAAAACUCUUCUAUCUGUAAAGAUACAUGGAGAAGUAGCAGGGAGACUGGUUACUGUGGUGGACACUCCAGGCUGGUGGAGGAAUGACGUUGUGAAAGAUACCCCAGAAGUCCAUCCACUUAGACACCUAACUGAACAAGAGAUCUUACGGAGUGUGACUUUGUGUGGACCAGGACCUCAUGCUUUCCUCCUGGUUAUACCUGUAUUAUUCUCAUUCUCAGAAGAAAAGAGAAGAUGCAUGAUAGAACACCUGGAGCUUCUCGGUAACAGAGUCUGGAGUCACUGUAUAGUCCUGUUCACGUAUGGAGACACAUUAGGAGAGGUGACCAUUGAGCAGUACAUUGAGUGUGAAGGGGAGGCCCUCCAUCAGAUUAUUCAGAAAUGUGGGGGAAGAUAUCAUGUUUUUGAUAAUCGGAAGAAGACAAAUUUAACACAGGUCACAGAACUGCUGAAGACGAUAGAGGAGAUGGUAGCAGAUAACAGAGGCCAGCACUAUGAAACGAAUGGAGGAGGAUUACAGGCAGAAGAGCAGAGAACAGCUCUGAAGACAGAAAAUGCACAGUCUGCAGCUGCAGAGGCACAGAUGAGAAGAGCAGAUGAGGGAACUAUGGAUCUGUCUUUGGAGAAGCUUAACAGGAGUUUCACAAAGUUACCAAUUAAUAAGGAGUCAGAGGACAGUGUAUCACUGAAGAGUAAUCAGAGUAUGAACUUUCCUCCAAACUCUGGGCGCACAGCAACAAUCAGGAAUAAAAGGUCUCCAUGGACUGAGAAAAUGGCAAUGAGUGGUUCAGCAUCAGGGGCUGGACGUCUGUCUGAGUUGAGAAUUAUAUUGUUGGGAAAUAAAGGUGCCGGAAAGACCUCAGCUGGAAACACCCUACUGGGCAGAGAGGAAUUUGAUUUGUCAAGCACUACAGAGAAUGUUAUCAGACAUGGGAAAAUAGAAGGAAGACAAGUCACUCUGAUUGAGGCACCUGGCUGGUCAGUGUAUCACUCUGUAGAGCUGUCUUCCAACUGGAUUAAACAACACAUUGUGCACAGUGUGUCACUAUGUCCUCCAGGACCCCAUGCUCUGCUUCUAGUUAUAAACUUAAACAAUGCAGUGAGUGAGAAAAGCAGAAGAUCACUAACUGAACAUUUAGAACUUCUUGGUGAGAAAGCCUGGAAUCACACUGUAUUACUGUUCACUAAUGGGGACUCUCUUGAACACGUGACAGUUGAACAAUGCAUUGACAAACGAAGAAGGGACCUCAAGGAACUUUUUGAGAAAUGUGGGAACAGGUAUCACGUUUUUGACAGCAAGAACUUGGGUGGCGGUUCUAAGGUCAGAGAGCUGCUGGAUAAGAUAGAGGGGAUGGUGAUUAGAAAUAACAGUCUUCAUUAUGAAAUAAACAGAGAGAUUUUAGGGAAUGUUGAUAGGAGGAUGAGAUCCGAAGAAAAACGAGCAAAACGGAGGAUGACAGAAGUGCAGAAUCAGAGGAAGAGCCAAAGGGCUCUUAUGGGUGCCCAACAUGACAUGACAGCAGUUAGGAUUGUUUUGCUUGGCAGUGGCUACACAAGGAAAAAUUCAGCAGGAAACAUUAUCCUGGGUACAAAGGAUUUUGAUUUAAGAAUGGCUACUCACUGUGUGAACAGGCAAAAAACAGUAGCUGGAAUGAAGGUUUUUCUGGUUGAACCUCCAGGCUGGUGGAUUAACUGCCCUGGACAAUUUAAUCCUAAACUGGAUAAAUCAAAAAUUGUGCUUAGUGUGUCCCUAUGUCCUCCUGGACCACAUGCUUUCCUCCUGGUCAUAGAUGUAGACGCUUCAUUUACAGAAAUGAACAGACGAGCAUUAGCGGGACAUUUGGAGCCUCUUGAUGAAAGAGUCUGGAAACACAUCAUUAUUCUGUUCAUUAAUGGAGACUCACUUGGAGACGAAACCAUUGAGCAGUACAUUGAGAGUGAAGGCAAAGCCCUCCAGUGGCUUAUUGAGAAAUGUGGGAAUAGGUAUCAUGUCUUUAAUACCAAGAAGCAGUCGGAGGAAACUCAGGUUACAGAACUACUAGAGAAGAUUGAGGAGAUGGUGGCAGCAAACGGUGGCCAUCAUUACAUACUGGUCAGUGAGACCUUGCAAGAGACAGAAGAAUAUGAGAAGAAGCAGAAAGAUGUGAAAGGGAAUCUGCCCAAAGAGAACCUCACAGUCAUUAAGGGUAUGGUAAGAGUAUUACAGGAAUUUGAAGAGGAGACACAGAAAGUCAGUGAAGGUACCCAGAAGACCAGCAAAAAACUGAAAAAGCAGAUGAAAAGGAGAUCACUACGAGGGAGUCAGCACUGUCUCACAGAACUAAGACUUGUUUUAUUGGGUUACAAAUGUGCUGGGAAGAGUUCAGCAGGAAACACCAUCUUGGGCAGAGGACAAAUUGAUUUGACAAGUACAGCUCAGUGUGUGAUGAGGCAUGGAGAAACGGCAGGGAGGCAGGUCACUGUGGUAGAGGCACCAGGCUGGGUGUAUGGUCACCCUUUGAUGGAUACUCCCGAAAGGAUUAAGCAAGAGAUUGUCCGGAUUGUGUCUCUGUGUCCUCCAGGACCCCAUGCUAUGCUUCUGGUUCUGCCUUGCAUACGUGCAUUCACAGCACUGGAAAAGCAACAAAUACAGGAAAUUCUGGAGCUGUUUGGCAGCAAGGCCCAUUUACACACCAUAGUGCUGUUUACUUGUGUAGAUCUGCUAAAGGAAAUAACCACUGAGCAAUACAUUAAGAAUCAAGGGAAGGCUCUGAAGUGGCUUCUUAAGAAGUGUGGGAACAGACAUCAUGUUCUCAACAAUUCAAUCCAGAAUUCAACUCAGGUUAUAGAACUGCUGCAAAAGAUUGAGGGGAUGGUGGCAGGAAACAAGGGCUGCCAUUUGGAUAUGGACAGGAGAAGAUUACAGGAAGUGGAGGAGAGGAGGAGAGCACAGAGAGAAUCCUGGGAAAAGACCCUGAUGAAUGUGCAGAAACAGAGAGUAGAACUGAAAUCACAGGGAGGACACCUCCACCAUCUCUCAGAAGUGGGUAUUGUUCUGCUGGGUUACAGCCUUAGUGGGAAGAGUUCAACCGGAAACACCAUCUUGGGCAUUUCAGGGUUUACACAAAAUGAAACUCCUCUGUGUUUAAAGAGACGUGAAGUUGUAGCAGGGAGACUGGUUACUGUGGUGGACACUCCAGGCUGGUGGAAGAAUGAUGUUGUGAAAGAUACCCCAGAAGUCCAUGCACUUAGACACCUAACUGAACAAGAGAUCUUAAGGAGUGUGACUUUGUGUGGACCAGGGCCUCUUGCUUUCCUCCUGGUUAUACCUGUAUUAUUCUCAUUCUCAGAAGAUCAGAGAAGAGCCAUGACGGAACACCUAGAACUUCUGGGUAACAGAGUCUGGAGUCACUGUAUAGUCCUGUUCACUUAUGGAGAUUCAUUAGGAGAGAUAUCCAUUGAGCAGUACAUUGAGUGUGAGGGGGAGGCCCUCCAUUGGCUUAUCGAGAAAUGUGGGGGCAGAUAUCAUGUAUUCAGAAAUAUGAAACAGACAAAUCACACACAGGUCACAGAACUGCUGAAGAAAAUAGAAGACAUGGUAGCAGACAACAGAGCCCAACAUUAUGCACAGUCUACAGAUACAGGGGCACAGACGAGGGAACCAGAGCAGGAAACUUUCGAUCCUGUUUUGGAGAAGCUGAACAGGAAGUUCAAAAUGUUAUCAGUGAAUAAGGAUACAGAGGACUGUAUCUCAACGAAGAGUGAUAAGAGCAUGGAACAUCCUCCAAACAUAAGCAAUGAGGAAAGAUAUGACACGUGGUCUAUAGGUUUGGAGAGUUCCGGUUAUGGCUCUGUAACCUCAGGAUCAGUAGCCAGUUCUGGAACAUACUGGUCACUGGCCUCAUCAGCAACCUCUGGGGCUGAUUCACUAAGCUCCACCUCUGAAUCAGAGAGAACUUCAGGACACAGAAGAACCAAAUUGUCAUAUCGCGGAGAAAAUUUAAGCAUCGUGACAGAAUUAGAAGAGAGUGGAUAGACCAAGCUUAAAUAAUCACAAUUUAAUGUAAAUCUCUGUGAUUGCACACACAUUCUGUGAACAGUGAGCAGUGAAUUUGUCCUCUGCAUUUAACCCAUCCAACACAACGGUAGUGAACACACACCAGACGGAGGAGCGGUGGGCAGCACUCCUUGAUCUUCCAUCGCUGUGCAAUAUGUGUUUGUAUACAGGGGUGCACAGUA